AUGCUCCGUCACGAUGUAGGACGAUUUACACAAAAUGACUUUAAGGAAUUAGAAAGUCGAUUAAAAGAUUUUAUUCCAUUUAUUAGAUUUUUCAGUAUCACAAAAGAUCAGUACACUUUAGGAGUUUUGUCUUACGAAAAUAUUCUUCCUGAUACUUUGAGAAAUGAAUUAAGGAAAUUCUUUGAAUCGAAUGGGGAAAAAUCUCCACCUAAAGAUUUUCUUCCAUCAAGAAUUCCAAUUAAUCAAAUGGUGCCAGAUUCCGUUCUAAUUAAUAAUAGACAACUGGAACUUUUGGCAAGUAGUCGUGACGGAAUGAACGUUAAUGAUUUUCACAGACUAUGUAUUAACAAGGGACCAACGCUAGUUGUAAUUCAUAAUUGCAAAGGAAACAUUUUGGAUAAUAUUAUUUUAAGCCGAAUCGGGUAUGGUAAGCUUUCAGUUUUUAAUGGGAGUAGUUCGUUAUUAGGAUUUCAAGACCUCAAUUGGUUUGAAGGAAGAUAUAAGAAAAGGUAUUUUGAAAAAGAAAUUUUGAAGUUUAGUGGGUUUGUUACUGAAAAUUAUGAAGUUUUUCAAGUUGUUAAAAAGUAG